CUUCUAGAUCAAAGACAGUUGCAUGCGAUACAUCGCUGUCUUCGCCAGCCGUGCAGUUGCGGACGAGUGGUGGCGUGCCGUAUCCACUUCCGCUAAUACGAAGUACUCGGACAGUAUCAGGCGUGUUGCCCCCCAGUUCUUCAUUCACGACAACAGCAAAGCCGACCCUGCCUCCUACAUCACUGACAGCCAAGUUGCUUCUGGUUUCUUUGGCAAAGUGUUUUUCACGCGGCUGCCAAGUAAUGUAGGAUUGAGCGUCAUUCCGAUUCUAGAUCUUGUGGAUCAUGUUAGCGGGAACUUAUUUUUCAUCCGCUCCAAGGUCUCUCCUAACGAGUACUGGUACUGUCCUGGAUCGUCGACAGGCAACGUCACACCUAACUCCAAAGUCUAUGUGUCACGUACUGAGCGGACCCGCUUCCGCGUCCGCCUCAUCGACGAGCGCAAGGACACUACUGGAACCAUUAUGAUUGGAUCUGACGAGAUCGCUAUCACCUUAGCUUCUACCAAUCUAUCCAUCAGAGUAUCUCGCAGCGCCCAUUUGAUCGUUUCGAAAAGCCCUGAGCUAGGGCUGAAGUUCAGUGACCUUCAGAACGGAUUCGGGGUGGUGACUUCCUUCCUGGACAACGAGGGUCAUGGCGAGAAUGUCAAGGAACUCUUGAGGACGGAUGAUGGGGAAGAGUGGGUCCUCGCUUGAACUGGUAUCAUGUGAGGAUGACAAAACACUUGCAUAUGAACGCGAUGUUGGCUUUUACUUUUAUAAUAGAAGCUACGUCAACUCAUUCUGCAACCACAAAAGCAUAC